AAAGAUGCAGUGCAAUGGACCCAUGGGACAGAGGCGCGUGAACAAGACCACGAUUGCCUACGUACAUCUGUCCGGGUAAAUAUAACGAGUCACAAAGCUCUACCUCGACCGGCCGCGGGGGCGUAUUGCCUCAGACCCUCGGGAUAAAUACAACAGACGAGGGACCUCCCAAGCAGACGCCCAGGCCGGCGAGAUGAAGCGGUCCAACUCCCACCGUUCGGCUUACCAGUGUUACCCGUACCUCACAGCCCAGGAAUUUGCCGAGGCCUGCCACGGCCUAGACAGGCGAUACUGCCAGGCCACGCUCGGCCCUCUGCGGCGGCGAUGGCGCCUUCAUGUCCAUACGGCACUGGACGUCUCGCUUGAGGGCGGCCAUCCGGGAUACACUACGUUUCUGCAGAUCACCCGGCCUCUGGACGACGGUACGGCCGCUGACAGCGACCUCGCGGCUCAGAUGGGCGACUGCUCGCUGGGCGAGGAUCAGGAGUCGAGCAUGCAGCUGGACAUCGACCGGGCCGUAGUUGAGAUGGAAGAUUCGGACAAGGAAGUGCUUCCGAGGUCGUCGACUCGGCCCAACUUUGACGUCGGCUAUGCCAAGUACGAGAUACACCUACACCCAACCUAUCAUGCACCGUGCCUCUGGUUUAGCCUACACAACUUACCGGCCGCCGAGCCCGCCUUCGACGUAGAGUCCGUCUUUCGGUACCUGGUCCCCCGACAUUUCAAGGAUGCUCUGAGGCAGGCCGGUCCGAUUGGCGGCAUCUCCAUCGACCAUCACCCCCUCACUGGAGUUCCCUCCUUCUUCGUCCACCCAUGUGUUCUCGGGGACGCCAUGACCGGCUUUGACUGCCCCAAAGAAGACUAUCUCAUGGUAUGGCUGGGUUUGGUGGGAGGAUGCGUCGGGCUCUGGGUUCCUAGGCAGAUGGCCACGGUCCAGGGAGCAUGAACGCGCUGCAUGGCUAGAAACGCCGUGGGAAAUGGCAUGACGGGUCCAAAGGGCUCUCUGUUCGAAGGGAAUCCCCUCGGCGGUCAAUACCAGUGAGCCUCUCAUUCGUCAUCACUGUCUUCCUCCAUCGCCACGUCUUCGUCGCUCUCCUCCUCUUCUUCCUCAUCG